AAUCUCGGGUAGUUAUUUUGAAAGCCUCCUUCCACCCAUUACAGGCGCCUGCGAAGAGAAAAUUCAAGAUAUUUUGUGUGUUUUUUCUUUCUAUUAUUCUUUCUGCAAAGAGAAAGAAUUCAGGAUAUCUUUAUUGUCAACAGCGGAAUUUACCUGAAACUAUCGAUUCUGCUUUGGUGUCUAACAUGGACGCAAGUGUUAGAAUUUCUUAAUAUUCAACUGUAAAUUUUUCUUGUAUUUUGUCGGUUUUGUAAGAACUACGUUUUUUCUGUAUUGUCGGGGCGUAAGGUUUUUUCGUUUCAGAUUAUUCUUCAGAAUAACGAUACCGGAUGUGUGUGGUGAUCGUUGUGGAAAUGGUGGACUAGCGGAGAUCGUGUGGCUCGUUGUGAAGCCAGUGAUACCCUAAGCAUGAGCCUUUGUGGUUCAAAGCUCAGCCAAACCACGCCGGUCUUUAUUUUAUUAAUUCUCUCAGGACUGGUCCUAACUGUGGCAGGCCAAAUAUGUGGAACCCUCUGCUCGCCACCUGCUGUAUUAGGUGGUGGAUCAAUAAGUUUUUCCCCCAACGAGACUUGCUAUGAUGAAGGUUCAUCCGUGAACGUCACCUGCAGUGGAUACCUAUUCGGAGAAACAGAAAUUGGAGAGUGCUUUAACGGAUACUGGGAAACACCGCAGCAGCCAACAUGCGAAGAAUCAAGUUGCCCAGUACCCACAGACCCCCAGAACGGCUCACUAAGCCCAUCGGGUAGUAACUCUUUAUACGAUGAGAUUGAGUACUCUUGUAACGAAGGCCUCUUCCUUGAUGGUCCCAGCAUGGCAGUUUGUACCGGGACGGGGCAGUGGUCUCCAAAUACAAUACCAUCAUGCUCUGGGAACUGCACGAUUCCUGUUAUUGCCAAUGGCCAAGGUACCUCAUCUGAUGACGUACUUCAAGAAGGGAGUCAACUGACUAUCACGUGUUCGGAAGGCUAUUCUCUGAUUGGUAUAGCCAAUGUUACGUGCCACAGUGAGGAAUGGAAUCCGGCAGUUGGGGAGUGUUUAGCGAAUUGCCCCUCUCCGGACGUUGCGAAUUCGGACUUUGCAACUAACCAGGGGGAGAUCAACCAUGGUGAUUACAUCAUUCUCACCUGCGACGAGGGUUUCACUUCCGGUACGGGGGAAAACGUGUCAGAGCCAUUGACCUGCGGUAAUGGUACAUGGGAUACAAAUGUAUACUGUUAUGCUAAUUGCCCAUCGAUCUCGUCCCCUGACGAUGGAUACGCUAACAGCCUCGUCGAGCCGUUCUAUCAUGGUCGUAUCGUGACAUUUAACUGCAGCACUGGGUUCACUUUGGUUGGGGAUUCCAAUUCGACGUGUAAUGAUGGAAACUGGACGAAUGCCGUUCCCGAGUGCAAAGCCGACUGCUUGGUGCCUUACAUUGGGAACUCCAACCUGAACGACACGACGAAUAGCACGUACGUUCCACACGGUAGCUCAACGAUGGUUACCUGUUACGAUGGCUUUACGUUCGGGUUCCGAUCUGACUUCGAUGGCAACCUUGCAUGUGAUGAUGGGGUUAUUGAUAGCUCCGGAAUAGCAUGCCUCGAGAAUUGUGCAAGUCCCACAGUGCGUAAUUCUAACUGGGCUAACCAAACCGACGUAUUUCCAUAUGGAGCGUCACUUGUCGUUGAAUGUGACGAUGGCUUCAGUUCUGGAUCCGGAUCGUUACAAAACGAAACACUCGUCUGCGAAGGCGGCUCUUGGAAUGACAGUGUAAACUGCUACGAAAAUUGCCCCACUAUAUCAGCACCAGAUGGAGGUAAUAUGUAUCCCGAUUCCGCAUCAUUUUACCACUCAAACUCGGUCUACUUCAACUGCAGCGAGACCUAUCUCUUCGUCGGCCAACCUAAUCUUACUUGCGACAGCGGUACUUGGUCCGAUCCUGUACCAGACUGCAAGGCAAGCUGUGUAGGGCCGGAUGUGGAAAACUCAGACUUUACCGAUUCGACUGACUUGACCCAACAUGGUAGCUUCGUUGAGGUGCAGUGCAAUGAUGGAUUCACAUCCGGUGCCGGGGAUGAGGCGGAAGAGGUCGUAUACUGUGACGAUGGUAGUUUCAACAGAACUGUUUAUUGUUAUGAAAAUUGCCCGAAUAUAACUGGGAUCGAGAACGGAAUUGUGGAAUUAUCCGGACCUCCCCAUUUCUACGGGGACAGUGUCAAUUUCACUUGUCUCACAAACUAUACACUCGAUGGUAAUCAGACGGUCACGUGUCUGGAUGGCGAAUGGAGUUCAAGCUUCCCAGAGUGCAAAGCGGACUGCCGAGAUCCAGGCACACCUGUCAACGGUAGCCAGGUCGCUAAUUCCUCGUACUCACACGGAGGACAGGUCUCUUUCGAGUGCGAUGCCGGGUUCGAUAUCCUAGGCUCGGAGACGAUAACUUGCGACAAUGGAACCUGGUCAGGUCUUGUCCCGAUUUGUGCAGAAUCCACCCUGGUAGAUCAAAUAACCCUGACAUGCGCGUAUGAUAGCUUCACGGUACAAGUUCCAUACGCAUUGCUGGACGGGCUGACCCCGGAACAACUCGUGUUGGAGAACGACGUGAACUGUACUGGGGUAAACGAUUCCUCGGGUGUAGUCAACAUCACCUCCAAGCUUGGAGAUUGUGGGACUGAACUCAUCGAAGAAACGGACACUGAUGGCGUUGAAACAACAUACUACGACACCUACAAGAAUCGUGUCAUAGCGUACUCGCCAACUGGUCUGCUUUCUGGUCCUCAAGUUAACUUACCCCUCACCUGCACAUACGAUCGGGAACGACUACUUGAUGGAGUCAAAUACCAACUCAACAACUACACCAUAUCCCGUUCCCUCGCCGAAGACGGCACUUAUCAGUUCUUGUUCGCUGUCUACGAGGACGAGAACUUCGACACCGUCGUCGACGACAGUGUCGUUUACGUAGAUUUGGGAGAGGAUGUGUUUUUCGGAGUUUCGUUGAUGGGCGCUGGAGGGACGCUCCGGGUCAACGCCCAGACUUGCUGGGCGACGCCCUCCUUCCAGUCGACGGAUAGUAUCCGUUGGGAAUUGGUCGCCAAUGGAUGUCCGAAUGAUGAUGCUUUCCUUUUCUAUGAAGAUGCCACACGUGCUCUUUUCAGUUUGUCAAGUUUUCGAUUUCUAAACAAAGGUGACUCGGUGUAUAUCCAUUGUGACGUAUUGGUGUGCGAGCUGUCAAAUUCGCAGUGUAAUAACCCUUGGGAAGAUUGUGCUGGUUCGAAUAGUAGACGACGACGGAGAAGUGCUGCACACAUUGGCCCGACUAAGAAAAAGAGGUUGAGAGUUGGGCCGUUCAGACGAUUAGAAUCAUCGUACUCGUACAGUCGUCAUAUUUUGCCAGAUUCCUCGCAACACGCAGGGUUGCCGCCCUCUGUAGCCGGAUCUCCUACCGCUUAUAUCGUCAUCAUUGUGAGUUUAGCUGCAGUAUGCUUGGUCCUCAUCGCCAGUCUUUCAUUUGUAACCACGAAGUUGCUCAUGGCGAGAACAAAGUAACAACCGUUAAUCAUCGACGUUUACUAAUACUACCUGUAUUAGAUUGAACUGAAAUCAGUAUAUGGUCAACCAUCUCCCAGAUGGAUGCGAUUUGAUGAUGCUUGCUUUACUGCGCAUGAUCAGAUCAAGUUGUAAGAACGAUAAACACAGAACAACAUUGGUUACAGUAGUGUGACGAUGACAAGCAGGGAAAGUCGUCACUUCAUCGCGCUUUUUUAAUCCUGAGCAGGUGUCUUUUCUCAAACAGGAUUCAUGGAAUUGUUACCAAACAGAACUAAGUUAGUCGAAUUCUCGAAAUUUAUUUAAUGGGAAUUCUGAAUGGAAUCAUUUCUAUGGGAUCAUCAUUUGCUUCAUGGAUCUGCACCUUGAUAACAAAGCUAUUUUUGAAAUUCCAAAUUGCAGCUAUCGGUAUUAUGAUAGGAAGUAAUAUCAAGAAACAAAUGAAGAUUGAUCAUAUAAGAAAAUUAUAUCACCGAGUGUGCUUGGUUAAAACGAGAACUACAUAUUAAUUAAUCUAUCCUUCGAAUUCGAAUAUGAAGCGUCAACCGUGGUCCAUCCAAUCAAAGGGAUUGAUUUGUCUUAGUCCAACCCAGGUCUUCCAUUAAAAAAAAUGAUGGCCUCUUCCUGAUAUUUUAUUGUCUUUUUUUUUCCGAUCGAUGGUUGCAUAGAAUUGAACUUGAAACAAAAAGAAAAUCAUUUCAAUUAAAAACGCAUCAAAGCCGGAUGUAUUAUCUGUAUCCGCUGAAUAUGAAAUAAUAUCAAAAUGGCGAACGUUAAUUUCGUUGGCAUUCUACCGUCAGUCUGAAAUGUCAAACUUUAAACGGUAUAGCCUGGGUGAUGGGGCACUUAAAAAGCAUGCAAGGUAAUCUGUUGGCCCUUGUUCAAGAUAUAUAUUUUUUGGUCACCCAUAAGUUUUUCUUCUAAUCAGCAUUUUUUUCAUGAGACCAUCACCCCCCCCCCCCUCAGGGCUUGUACUUGUCACACUUUCGAUAAGUUAUUUGUUUGAAAAAACAAUUUUAAGCAUAAAUAGGUAAGAUGUCUUAUAGUAGAGGUUGAAAAUUAUCUCUAUUCUCUGAUGACAAACAUUGGUAGUAAUUGUAAAGAAAUGUAUUAUCAAUUACAUUUAUGAAAGAACAGCUUUAUAAUAAAAGAAUCGAUGUUUACAAUACCUAUCGCAUGAAAUUGAAUGUAAAAAUGCAUAGACCGUACAUAAUAAUGAUUGUUUUAGAAGCAUUCUUUACUUGCUGAAAUCCCAUUCUCUUUUGAUUGAUUGAUUGACAACGAAUUUAUUCAUUGCAAAAUUUUCAACAAGGUUACAAAGUAAAGCAAAAUAUAAUAUAACAUUAUGAAAUGAAAUAGAAACCUUCUGAAAAGCAAAGCUUGUUGUUGAAGGUUUCCUUCAUAUUUUUCAUAUUUUCAUAUUUUUAUCGAGAAAAUUGUACCAGAAAUGAUAGCUAAAAUGAAGAAAAUCUAGAAAGUAUCUUCAAUUCAACAACAACAAACACAUCUUUAUAAUCUCAAGUGUGUCUAAAGUAGUAGAGAACCUGUUUUGAAAACAAUAUUUGUAUAUGUUUUAUUACUCAGACUAUGUCAAUUGUGUGGCACUUUUAUAUCUAAUAACUUAUGAUCCGAUGUCUUUUGCACUUUAAUAUUAUUAGCAUUUUCAUUUUGUUUUGUUUGUUCUGAAAACAGAGAGGCAAUCAAGCGGCAGAGCACCAUAGUAUGUUAUUAAUCAAUUCCAAUUCUUUUCAAUAUACUGUCGAGUCUAUCAUUUCAUUGUCCGGUAAUCACUAUCAGGAUAUGUCAAUUGGCUUUUUCAUUCACAGUAGCAGGUAGAACAAACAUUAAUGUUCUGCCUGGAUAUUUGCACGCAAAGGAGUUAAUCUUAACGAUAGUUGUACCCAGUUUAUUUUAUGGAAACAGUUUGGAAGAAGACCAAACAUAUUUUAAACGCAUGCUUAUUUAAAUGUGAUUGAUAACUUGUCUCCUACCACACGCUUCAUGUAUUUAUAAAAAAAAAUCAUAAAGCAGUAUAAAUGUUUUAUAUGGAACUUGUAAUACGGAAUCACUAGUCAGGCGUGCUGGUACUCUCUUAAAAUUUUUUGGCUACAUACUGUCCACACAACAAUUGGUUAAAACUUUAUUCAGUUCUGGGUAGUUUUAAAUCAAUACACCGUGUUUACAUGUGAUCGGCUUUUCCAUCGGCUCGCGGUUCUGAACCGCGAGCCGAUGCAGAAUCGGCUUUUUUGUUGCGUGUAAACGCGAUUAACUUGCAUCGGCUUUCGGUUCAGAAUCGGCAAUUCUGCACCACCAAAGUAGUAGAUUCAGAACCGCGAGCCGAUGCAGAAUCGGCCUUUUUACUACGUGUAAACAGAAAGCCGAUUCUGCAUCGGCAAUUUCAUUUACUUUACCAUUAUGACGUACUUCAAAGCGCACGGAUCCAGCGUUGUAUUUAUUAGGACGUAUUGUUGGUGUGCGGAUCAUUUCAGGUUUUUGACACGCGAGCCGAUUCUGAACCGCGAGCCGAUGCAGCGUGUAAACGCGGUGCAAGAUAAACCCAAAAGCCGAUUCUGCAUCGGCUUUUGGUUCUGAACCAAAAGCCGAUCACAUAUAAACACGGUAAAUGUCUGCUUUGGGUGAAAACUACACCGUAUUGGUUGAAAACUACCCAGAGUUUAAUACAUUUUUUAACCAAUUGUCGUGUGGACAGUAUAUGUUGCCCAACAUUUCAAGAGUGUGUAUGGAUGUAAUGAUUAAUGUCUGAUACAAUUCAAUUCAAUUAAUUUUGCAUUUAUUUCAUUCUCGCUUACAUAAUACAAGAUAUGCGAAGCUAUUAACAAACAAUUAAGAGUGAAAUUGGAAAUAAAAUGGGAAACUGCAUGAAUAAAGCCAAAAAGACUGUGUGAGCUUGAUUAGUUGGAAAUAAGACUUAAAAAUAUUAAUCGUGAUUUCAAUGAAGUAUUUGUCAGGUAAGUAUUCGAGGAUCUCGAUUUAUUUAUAAAUGGUUCAUUGUUUAUUAAAAAAAAGAUUUAAAACAGGGAAGUGAUUGCACCUCUUAUGUCAAAACAUAUUGUUUAAUAAAAUAACUGGAUGUUUAUAUCAAUUGGAUUUGUGUAAAACAAUGUAAAAAUUAUGUAAAAAAUAAUACCUUUAUAAUGCCUGGA